UUUUGUCUUCUCUCACAUUUUCCCUCCACUCUGCCUUCUUCACUCUCCCAGUCCCCUCACAUUCUCACUCCACUCUCUUUCUUCUCUUUCUAGGGUUUUUCCGAUUACCGAAGCGAGAGAAAUCGAGCAACCGCUAUGGCGUCGACCGCUGGGGUUUUCGGAAACCGCUGCAGAGCACUCAUGGCAGCCGCUAAGACCUCCGUCACCUCCACCACUGCCGGCUCCGCCGCUGCCAAAACUUCUGGCCGCAGAAAUGGCAUCCUGAAGACGCAGCCUGUCUCCCCUGCUCUCCGCCAGUUCGUUGGUGCACCCGAAACUUCCCGCACUGACGCCGUCAAGAAAGUCUGGGUUUACGUCAAAUCCAAAAAGCUUCAGAAUCCAAACAACAAGAAAGAGAUCUACUGUGAUGAGAAGCUGAAGACCAUAUUUGAAGGCAAGGAGAAAGUUGGAUUUACUGAGAUUGCGAAGCUGCUUUCCAAGCAUUUCCAGAAGGCUGCAUAAACAUUUCUUAGAAAAGAUAGUGAGUUUGUUUGGACAACAAGAAUUUGAAAUAAAAAUUUCAGAUUUUGUUUUGCUUGCAUCA